AUGACAUACAAGCAGUUCGCAGCCAAAAUCAAGAACGACGAGGCUUUCAAGAUGAGGGCUAAGAUUGCCAGGGAGGCCCAAAACGCGUUGAAGGAUGUGGCAUCGCCAGCUGACUUGGCGGCAGGCAGCAAGGUUUGUCUCGCCCAACCCAGAGAGAGUGCAGGCACAAAAACGAUGCUAGGAGUCAGGCUCAGUCGCAAGGGCGAGCUCAUCCAAGGCAAGAGCACCAGCCUGAAGGUUGGAGACGCCACGUUCACAGCAAAGCAGCUGGGCUUGGAGAGCACGUAUGUCGAAAUGCCUGACUGCGGGUUCGGCCAGGAGAUGAAGGGUUGGCUUAUCGGGUCGUCGGGCGAGCAGAAUAUGCAGGUGGAGGUCUUCUACCAGACGGCCGCAGGGGAUGGGGAAGGGACGCCCAAUGAUCACCCCACCAUGGACCAUGUCGGAGCGCUUCGGCCUCGACCACCGCCAAAGCCGCCGCCUGAGUCGAUCGUGGUCAUUGCGGCCCAGACAGCGAAAGCUGUCGCGACUCCGAAGGCGCCCGUGCAGGCAAAGCCCGAGGGGCCCGAGGUGGGCCAUGGCGAUGCCGCGGCCGAGAAGGCUGCUGAGGACCCUGAUGAACGCUCUGCCAAACGCCAGCGGCUCGAGCCGCUCCAGGAGGCGGACGCGGAUGGCAGCACGGGCGUCGACUGGGUGCAGCAGCCCCUUGGCGUCCUUGGCUUUGGCGCCGACCUACCCGAUUCGACUGAGCUUCCCACCUGGUGGGGCAGCGUGGCGGCAGCGCAUCGGCACAUUGAGGAGGAAUACAAUCGCGGCUUCGAGGCGUACUUCAGCGCGCGCGUCGCCUGGAGGGCGUUCGCCGACGCGAUGCGCGCCGCGGGGCAGGACGAAGAGCUCACGAUCGCUGAGGGGCUCUACAAAGAGAUGUGGGAAACGCGGGUCGACCAGGCCGUCGAGUCGAAGCAGCAGGCCCUGGAUGGCGCCCUCAUCAGAGACGUCUCGGUACUAGCUGUCAAUUCGUUGAUGAGCGAGUCGGCAGUCCAUCGGACGUCGGUGUCGGAGGCGUCGGUGUUGGACGUCCUCCAGGGCAAGGCGCCGACCAUGGGGGACUUGGUCGCGCGUGCAGCUCGCACUGACAAGAAGAGACUUUCUCGCAGGACAGGCGGUACAGGCGAUGGCGCCAUUGACCUCGAGGGCGACAAUGACGCCCAGGAGUCCCACGAGCAUGGCGUCGAGCAACGUCUGGGUCUAAGCAAGAAGGCCAAGGUGGAGCACGAGCUCGGGCAGGACAGUGAAUGCCAGCUGGAGAAAGCAACGCCAUCAUUUGUAGAAGUGAUCCUCCACGAGUCCGAGGUCCUGCAUUGUUCGGUGCUCCCCGACGAGGACAACGAGCCGCUCCCCGACGAUGGCGAUGGCGAUGAUGCUGUAUCGGUCACGUCCAAGGUCACUGUAGCGACGACUGCGGGGCGGCGGAGCACGGGUACAGGCAGCGGCAAGAAGUUGCGCAGGCGUCCGCCGAACUACUGGAUCGAGAAACUCAGCCUGCGCUCCGCCACGCAGCAUGGCUACGACAAGCGCGACAGCAUGCGCGCCGAGGAGUCGAAGGUAAAGGAAGCUACGGGGCCACUUUCUGGAGACGCCGACCGUCUGGGACAGCAUCUGUCGAAUGUCUACCAGCUUGCGAAGUUGCAGAAGGCGUUGGUCGUCGAUGAGCCUGACGUGGAUACAAUUGCCAGGAUGCGGCUCGCUGGCCGCUUGGGCCUGGACCUGCUGCCCGAUACAUUGGUCGGGGUCUGCAUGAGGGCAGCGCGGACUUGCUCACGGGAGAUCAUCGGCACUGACACGUUGAAUGACGAGUUCAUCAAGCGGUUGUGUUGCAUUUCGUUGCCAUGGGCCGCUGAAGGUGUCACGUUCAAAGUAGGCGAGCCCUCGAUUGGCACUCUCUGGCCUCUGCUGCCUUCGCCGAUGAUUUCCGAAGCCGUGGUCAAGUGGUUGAUCGACGACACGCUCGCGCCAGCCGUCUGCUCCUACGACGCCCAAGUGAACCACGCCCGCCUCGUGGGCAUUGCAACCGCCAUCGACGCGGCGUUCGAGGACAUCCCUGCCGACAUUGCCGUGUCGAAGCCAAUCCUCCAUGUGGUGGACAGCGUGACAACGUCAGCGAGGGCGAUUAUCGUCGUCUUGAACCCUUCCAUCAGCAAUGACACCAUGCCCGAGUACUUCGACGACGUGAUCACGGUGGACAAGCAGAGCAACAGGGCCGCCCCGACAGUGGCUUGCAACGUCGGCCUCAAGACCAAGGCGAACCAGCAGCUGGCGUUGCGCUUCGAGGACUUCGCGACCAAAGGGACGAUGUGGAGACAGAAGGCUCCCGAGAUCAAGCGCGCCUUGGCUACUAUCCAGCAGCUCCCGACUACUGACCUGGACGGCGCGACGACGGCCAUUGCUGCGCUUGCAGACCUGCACGGCAAGUAUGCCAACGUGCUCCCAGACAACACGUUCGAGAACGCCAUCGCUGCCGCCAUCCGCCUAGUCAAGGGCAUUCAUGAGUCCAUCAGUGCCGUGUCCGACGGCGUCGCUACCCUACAGCGCGCAAGUAAGUUGUUCAUGGACGUCGGUUUGCUCGCCCCACUGAACGUUGAUAUGGACACCCUGGUUCACGAUGCCCGUCAGCGGGCCCAGCUGGCGGCAGCAAAACAACAAGCAUCCAACAUGCAAGCCAGGUUCGAGGAUAUGGUCGCCACGUGGGGUGACACUACUUGCGACAUCGACGCUUUUGUUGCGAUAUUGCAGCAGCAGGGGCAAGUACCUACUACCCAGGGUGGCGCGAAGAUCGCAGACCUGGCCAAUGACCUGAUGCUGAAAGCUUCCAUCGAGUUGUGGGUGGAGAAUGCCAGCGAGGACAAGUUCACUUCAUGUUUUGCCUUGUGCUCGGCUCUCCACCGCUAUUUGUCCAAGGCCGCGGCUGCAGAGAACGUGCUCUUGUGCGAGUGGGCAAAAUCGACUCGGAAGCUGAGCGAGAAAUUAGAGUACCUUUCCAAAGCAACAGAGCAGAGUGAGCGGAAUUGGCCAGAGGAGGAACGGCUUCUCAUUGCCCUGGCGCACAGUCAACGGUCUUUGGUAACCAAGACGUCGGGCAAGAGCUUGUCGGCGCCGCUGGCGGUGAUCAACCUGAUGACGAAUGUGUCGAGAUUCUUGGAGAAGCUCAGCACGGAACACAUUGACCGCCUGCGGGAGAAGCACGAGCCUUUGGUGAAGAAGACCAAGGAGUACACGUACUUUGAUCGCCCCUACUACGACGGAGUGGACGUGGACGGGGAUUGUUGGGAGGAGUUCGUCGAGAAGAGCAACAAUGCGCUGAUGCGCCUUGACAGCUCGUCGAUCGACUCGCGCGUCGAGGAGCUCAAGAGAGCGACCAUGCAGUUGGAUAACAUUCAGCACGCCCUUCAGUCGAAGGACGGGCAGUGGAAGGAUAUCUCAGACGUCAUCACACAUGCGAUCAGCAUCAACUGCCAGCUGAAGUUCAUGGCCAAGGUCAAGUCGAGUGAGAAGACGGAGUGGCGGUCGGCGGCGUUUUCGUGCGUGACAGAGUUGCAGCAGCAUGGGAUAUCGAAGGAAUCGCUCCCUAAGAUCGUGCUGCGCCGCCUGACCAACGCCAUGAAGAUGAAGGGCGGCUUGGCUGCCAAGGCACGGCGCCUGAGUUGUGUCUCUGCUUCUGACCUGUGCGUUUUAGUCUUCGCGGCGUUGGCCGCAAGGCGCGAGUUUCACAGCAUCGGUCAGGUGGUGAAGAAGAAGGUCAAGGGCGGCGGCGCGAAGAAGGAGAAGCAGAAGGCCAAAGGCGGCAAGGAGGAGACCCGCCACGCGCCGCUGCGGGCCGCGGUCCUGUCCUGGCGUCCUGGGCGGAGCCUGGGCGCUUUCUUCGACGAUCCGAGCAAUCUUCAGCAGGAGCCGCGCAACUCGUUCUUCCGGGUCUUCUUCAAGAGCUUCAAGGAGGACGGUCCGGUUCCGGACGACAUCGAUUUGGAAGCCAUGGGCUUGGGCGAGGAGGACGAUGACGACGACCAGCAGAUCAUGGAGAUGAUCAUGGACAACGACCACGACAUGGGUUGCGCCGUUCGGGACAACAUCAUCCCCUACGCGGUGCGGUGGUACACCGGCGAAGCCGCCCCAGACAUGGACGACGACGACGAGGACGAGGAGGAAGAGAUGGACGAGGACGACGAAGAGGAGGACGACGAGGAGGACGAUGAUGAUGACGAGGAUGAGGUCCCGAAGAAAGGCGGCAAGAAGGACCCGAAGGGCAGCGCUGGACCGAAGAAAAAGGGCGGUGGCGCGGAUGGUGCGGGAGCCGCCGCUGCUGGCGGGGAGGCGGGCAAGGAGGACUGCAAGCAGCAGUGACGCGGCACGCGGGCGCUCCCGCACAGCGGCCGCGCGGGAGGAGCCUCAGAAGGCCCGUCUAGGACGCCGCGCGUGCCCGCGCUGAGCACGGGCCCGCCCGGAACGGGCCUGGCCGGACGCGGAACCCAGCGCAGGGCGCCGCGGCACCUCGAGCACAGAACGUCGGGGCCGCCGCGCGCAGGCGUAGGGACGAGGAGGUGGCCAGGGGCUCGAGGGGCG